GCAUAAUAUAAGUGUUCUCGUGUGUGUUUUUUCAAUUUUUGUAAUUAUUUUUAAUUUUAUUUUUUUUAUAAUUUUUUGAAAAAGUAAAAUACAAAAUUCAAUUCAAUGAGAAUGUUUAAUUUAACUAUACCACAAUCGUUGGGCCUGGAUGCCGGCUCAACGCCAAAAACACCAGAAAUUGUUAAUUCAUUGAUAGCAAUGUCUAAUCCAAUGGAUAAUUACAAUUUUUCAACAACACAAGGAAUAUCGGUGCGGAGUUUCAAUUCCAUGAAUCCACAGGCAAUAUCACAGGAUAGUAGUCAUUCCAGUUGUUCAGGUUCACCGCUUGACUCACCCGCCGGUACAGCAACAACACCCAGCGUCCAACAGACGUGUUCGCAACUUAUCAAGGCCGGACUUAAACUCUCCAUUCAAAGUAAAAGAAAACUUUCUACUUGUGAGUCGAGUUCGGGCUCAGAACAAACCACUUCAAAAUGCUCCCGCAAGGAUGACGACACCAGUGAUGAGGAUUGUGAUAGUAAAUCGAUCAAAGGUCUUACCCCGGAAGAUGAAGACCGUCGUAAGAGGCGGCGUGAACGCAAUAAGAUCGCUGCCACAAAAUGUCGCAUGAAGAAGCGUGAACGUACCCAAAAUCUCAUGAAAGAAUCCGAACAACUUGACACGCAAAAUAUCGAUCUAAAAAAUCAAGUGCGAACUCUGGAAUUGGAACGUCAGCAACUGUUUGACAUGUUGCAGGCCCACUCACCAUCGUGUAUUCGACGAGGCGGCUUCAAUCCUCCGACGAAACUUUUGCAAUCGCCUGCCCUCAAAUAUUUGGCUGAUUUGGAAUUGGACAUCAAGCCAUUCCAGACGUCCGAGUCACCGGUGCCAGUCUCAUCAACAGCAUCCACACCCACCCAAUCCCAACAUCAACAGCAUCAGCAACAACAACAACAACGAACCGUUAUACCACCGAUGUCAACAAUCAACAAUCGCAGUAAUGUCUUCAAAGCCACCACAGCGGCGAUACCCAAUUCACCACACCAUCAUCAAACAUCCAACAACAACAAUCACCACUCCUCGGACAUCAUACCGAAUGGCUAUUGUAAGCCAUCGCCAACAGCUCAAGAGCUUGGCUAUUUGAGCUCACCUGCCCAAGAUGUCUGCCUGCCACAAAUGCAACAGCAACAAUCCCACCUUCUCCAUCACAACAACAAUCAACAACAACAUCACCACAAUCUACACCAUCACCCAGUUGUCAGUCAGUCCCUGAUAUCUGAUUACAUUCCAAAUUGUGACAGUAGCCUCACACCGACCUCUGACACAACCUCCGACUUUGUCAAAAACGAGCUGGUCGACUCCCAGAGUCCCUACACAACUGCUCAAAGUGCUGAACGCUUCCUCUUCGAGUCUGAAAACUUCGACCUGAAGCACAGUUCUAAUGCCUGCAAUAACAACAACACUAGCAAUCACAACGCCAACAUCGUGGACUUCCAUGGGCCAAUGGGUGGCACCACAACAAUUGUUCCCUUCCAUGAUCACAUUUCGAUCAAAAACGAUCUGCUCUCGGUGCAGGAGGCAGAUUUCCUGUCACAUUUGACAGGUGAUACAACAGACCCGGACUUUGUUGAUUUAGACACUGGUGUUGCGGCUGCAUUUUCUCAAAUGACAAAUGGUGGAUGCUUGGCGUGAGAUGAGUACUUCCUGUUGGAGCCCUAGGAAUAGUUGUGGUUUGACUAUUCGUUUUUUUACCAAUUAUCUUAACUAAUCAUUUUUAUUUUUCUGUUACUGUAAGUAUGUAUAAUGUACAUUAUAUCUGUAGCUAUUAAUUAUUUUGUUGAACAAAUGUGUGAAAUAUUAAAAAAAAAAAGCCACAGAUAGAGACGGGAAUAUACAUAUAACAGAGACAAAGAAUCAAGCAUGGCGUCCAUUUUUAUUUUUUGCUUGAUAAAGCUACUCAACUAAUAAUUUUGCUUCUAUAAAGCUUUAAGCAAGCUAUUGUAGCUCAUAUUAAGCUUUAUAGAAGGAGAACUGUAAAUUUGGUAGGCAAUUGUCAAUUCAUCAAUUGAUAAAAUAUAAAAUAUUGAAAAUUUGAUAAAUUUUGCAAUAAGUUAGUUUUUAAAAUAUCGAAUUUCAAUAUUUUGUCAAUAGGUAAAUCAAACGAUAAUUGAUAAUCGGAAUAAUUUUGACAGGGUUUUUGAUUGUCAAUGAGAAAGAAUAUUAAAGAAAAAAGAGAGAGAAUGAUAAUAUGGGGUCGGGGUGUUUGCCUUUGAUUUUUUUUCACAUUCCUAUCCCAGAGAUUUCGUUUUUAAGCAUUUUUGUUUACAAAAGUUUUCGUUUAUUUUUUAGUUUUGGAAUUUAAUUUUUAAAACCCAGUCGCUCUUCUGUAGUGUUUUUCAAAGCAAGUUUAAGCGUGGAACAUUUUCAUUCCAAAUUUUCCUUAAGGUCGUAUUAAGGUUUUUUUUAACACUACUCAAAAGUAGGUUCCAUUAGAGGCACGUUUAGAAAUGUUACGGACUGAAUAGUUAUUCAAGUUUCGGAUUUCCGAAUUGUAAGCCGUGGAAAAACUCUUUCCGCUGUUUCCAGAAAUUUUAUUGGAUAGUUGACUGGAAAUUUUAUUUCAGAGAAUGAUCAAGUCCCUAAUGUUUCUUAAACGUACCCAAUAUCCGGAAAUAAUGAAUUUCUUAAAAAGAAUAACAUUUUGAUGUGUCGAUUUUUUUUAUUUACUUACAUAGUUCUUUUAAAACUGGAUCUGCUCGUGUUCUUCGAACCUAAUAGAUGAAAAUUCCAUUUAAAAUCGCCUCCUUACUAACAGGACAAUUGUAGAUAAAUGAGUAGACAAAAUAUGAUGUUCAAUGCAAAAAUUGGUUAAUCUUUUAGAUAUCAAAGAUUAAAAAAAAACAGAAAAGGGCCGUGAAUAUCAAAAAUAAAAACAUAAAAAUCGAAACUAACAAAAUUACAAACUGAAAAGAAGUGUAACUCUGUCAAAAAUUUCCAUCAGAGAUGAUUAAAAAACAAGCUUUAACAUGGGUUAGAAAUAAAAAUCAAAAUCAUUCCUUUUUCUAAUACUUUUUCUCACCCUCAAAACAAUCAAAAGCUCAAAAUCAUCUCGAAUAUAUUUUUUUUUAGUAUCGAAUUUGUUUUUUAAUUAUAUUGAUUUAUUAUUAAUAUCUGUGGCUUAACUACCUCAAAAUGUAAAAGAAAUCAAAGAGAAAGAACAAAAACAAAACAAAAAAUAAACACUUUUUAUUGUUGAUUUGCAUUCUUAUUUAUUUAUUUUUGUUUUAUUUAAAGAAAAAAUAUGUAAAAAUGCCUUAAAUACAAAAUAUUUCAAUGUUAAAACAUUAAAAAAAAAAAACAAUUAAAAUAUUAAAAAUCUUUUCAAAAAAAAAUGUGACAUUCCUUUCAAAUCGUUCUAAAUGUUUGAUAAAAAUACAACAAUAAAUCAAAUUGUUGCUUUGAAACAUAAGAGAAAAUUUAAAAAAAUAUAUAACUCCAAUCCAAUUUUUGUCGAUAAAUUAUAAGAAAUCCAAGCGAUCGAAACAAAAAAAAACAUUUUCGUUCCCUUUAAUUUGGCUUUAAAUCAUAAAAUUCGCUUUUUUUUAUCAUUAAGAAAAAAUAACAAAAACAAAACAAAAAAAAAAACGAAAAUAUGAUGAUGAUAUUUCGUAGGUGAUAUAAUUCUAAAAAAAAUGCAAAAAUUUAUAUAAAACAAAAAACAACAACAAAAAUUAAAUGUGUCCUUAAAAAUUCAAAAUUUUAUUUAAAACAAAAAAUAAUUACAUUUAAAGAUUAAAAUUAAAAAACAAAAAAAAAAAAAAACUAAUUGUGGUAAAAAAUUGCCUAUAAAUAUUAUUAUAUCUAGGAAACAACUAAAAUUUAUACAUAUAUAUACUUAUAUGUAUAUUUAGGCUUUAUAUAUAAUAUAUUAUACAUAAAUGUCUACCAGUUUUGAAAUAUUUUGAUGUAAGAAUAAAUCUAUUUGUUUAAAUUGAUGAAAUUGAAAAAAAAAUUUAAAAAAUCGAUAUUUAUCUGUGAAAAAAAUAUAUAAAAUUUAAAUUAUAUAAGGAUAUGUAUAUAAGCUUGUUGAUUAUAAUGUGGCUUAGUUUAAAACAACAAUUUGAUAAUUGUGACUUGUGAUGCUGUGAAGAUCAAAAUUGAACAAAAAAUGGAUUAUUUUAUUUAAAUUUAAUUCUUAAACUUAAAACAAAAAUAAAAACUAAGCAAUGAUUUUUUUUGACAAAUUUCAAUUGGUGCUUUAAAAAAAAUUGGCCUUUAAUUUUAUAAAAUUAUCUAGUCUUAAGAAAUACCUACUCAUUAUCUCUUUUAUUUUAAAUGAGUUUUUUUUUUUAUUUUUAACUUGUUGUCCCAACAGUAUUUUUUAAUUUUUAAUUAAAUGAGUCAAAAUGAUUAUGAUUAUGAUUAUGAGGCGGAUUUUCAGCAGCGAUAUAUUGAAUCUAUAAAACAAAACAAAAAACAACUAGGUCACUAAAAAUCACACAUUAAUGCUUAUGUAAAAAAAAAUAUAUAUACUAUACAUUUAAACAAAACUAAAAACGCAGUGCUUUAAAUAUUUUAAAUUAUUUUGAAUGAAAUUUAAAAAAAAAAAGAAAUUUUAUUAAAAGCCGAAUUAUAUUUUAUUUUAGUUUUUCUCAUUCUGAUUCAAACGCUUAAUAUUUAUAUAUAAAUGUAAUUUGUACACCAUAAAAAUCAAAUUAAAGAAAAAAUUAAAAAAAAAAAUAUUACACAAAUAUUAAGUAAAAAAAAACAUUUUUUUCUAUAUUAAUUCGGUUGACAAAAAAUAAAAAUAUAUAUAUAAAUAUUUAAAUGCCUUCCUAUUUUAAAUGAAUAGGCUUAGUGUGCAUAGUAUAUGUGUAAAAAUGUAAAAAAUAUAUAAAACAAAAAAAAUGGAAAAAAUCUAUAAAAAAAAAGAAAAAGAAUAACUCAAUGUUUACCUCAAAGAAAUGUUAAUGUAAACAAAACAAAAAAAAAAAAACAUUAAUUAUGCCAUAGGUACUAAAUAUAAUAAAAAACAAAACCAACAGUGAAAUUGUGUGCAAAGGAAAUUUAAAAAACUUGUAUUUCUUUUAUCAAAAGAAAUAAUUUUAAAUCAGUGAUAGAGUCAAAAGGGAAUCGAAUUACAUAUUUUUAUUUGAUUUUGUCUUACAGUUUUUAAAUAAUAAAAAUUGAAAAUUCAUACAUAUUCAAUUCAUCUCAUUUUUAACAAUUUCAAAGAAUAUGUGCCCUGUGAAAAAUAAGCAUAAACUGAAAAUAAAAAUCAAGUUCACAACAUACAAUGACAAUUACUAUUAAAACUGUUAAAAUUAGUAUCAUUUCCACAAUUUACAAAAUGUUGAAAAUGUAUACCAUACCAAUUUUCCUCAUCUUAUUCCGGAACACCCUGUAUAUGCGCGCUCUCGACAUUUUUAUCGACCAAAACAAACUUUUAUUCUAACGCUACCUUUCUUUCGAAAAAUUAUGAAAACGAUUUAUUUUUCUUCCUUCAUAGGUACAUUUUAAUUUUUAGUUUGGGGACAUUUUUCACUUGGGAUUUAUUUCAAGAAGACUUUAUUAAACCUUGUUCAAAAAAUGGCAACCACAUUAUUAGUUUAGAUUUUGUAAUUAAUAUUUGUACAUGUUUCUUGAUAAAAAUCAUCUACUUUUUCGUCAUGGAAAAAUAAUUAAAAUUUUCGAUUAAACAUCUUUUUUUCUGAUUUAAACUUUAUAAUAUUUUUUUUUGUUUGCGUAUCAUCAAAUCAUUUUUGGAAGAAAGAAACAAACAAAUUAUAAAGAAAAUGAAUAUUUAAUUUGGCGCUACAUAGUACCUGUUACUUUUAAUAAUUUCAAAACUAUUUGUGUUAUCUUAAAAAGUAAAAAAAAAAAAAUUGAAAACUUGUAAGACGAAAUAAAAUAAAUAUCGAUUCCUUUGCCAAUUUUGUAAGAAAAAAAAAAAAACUAAAUAAAUAAAAUCGGCCUAACAUUGCAAGACUAAAACAAAUAAUAAAUUGUCACUAUUAAUUGCACGUAACCUACAAAUAAAAAACUUUUUUUGUUUUCUUUUUUUUUAUCCAUUUUAUACUCUGAUUUGAAAAAAAAAUGAAAAAAAAAAUCAAAUAACGUUAAUAAAAAAACAAAAAUAAUUUAUAUAAGAGUAGAAGAUUCCAAAGUCAUCAAAAUCAGUAAAAAAUAAAAUAUUAUUACAUUUUUGACAGGAGCAAAAAUUUAAUAAAAUAUUUAAAAUGUGUAUAAAACAAUCAAAAAUGUCUAAAUAUAUAGAUUUAAAAAAAAUAAAAAUAAAGUAAAAAUGUUGACCUGCUUUUUACAAUAGUCUUUGUUCUAUUAUAUAAAAAACCUGAACCACAAAAAAAAAGAACAUAGGUACCUUGUAUAAUAGAAAAACAAAAUAAUAUUUAUAUAUUUUUUUUUUAUAUAUAUUUUUUCUUUAGUUAUGUAUUUUUAUGUUGUACAUUUUGUUAAUUUCACAGAGCAGAUUUUCGAAAAAAAAAACUAAAACCAGUAUAUAUUUUUUUUAAAUUUUUUUAUAAUUUUAUUUUUAUUUUUACAAAUACAUAUAAUAAAAUAUAUAACUUUGUUAUUUAAUAUCUAAUAAUACUUAAAGCACAAUCAAGACAAACAAAAAAAAAACAAUCAAAAGAAACAGUACACGUCACAAUCUACAAUCACUAAUUGUAAUAAUUUAUUUCGCAGCUUAUU